AUGGCCGCAGCAGUCUCUGGCUUGCAAGGAUGGCAUCCCGGUGAAAUCGCCAUGCAGACGAAGCUGGGGUAUGCCGAUGCCAUGGCAACAUCAUGGCGGUACAUCGAGAAUGCCAUGCGCGAACAGCAUCGCAUCUUCCACACAUCAAACCUGCCGUUCAUCCCCAUUACAACUCUCGAUGACGAAGGGCGACCGUGGGCUUCCAUCGUUGCUGGUGCUGACGGAGAAAUUGAAUUUGUCGAGGGUCCCGACCUCAAGACUCUCAUUGUGAAUGCUAGACUCUGGCCUGGAGAACCGCUGCUGGAUACUCUCAAUCAGUGGGUUGAUAGGAAUGGCCAGAAUCCGACGAGCCCUGAGAGAUACUUGACUGCCGGAAUUGGAAUCGAGUUUCCGACUCGAAGGCGCAAUAAGUUUGCUGGCUAUAUGGAAGAUGUGAAGCGCAAGACGGAGUUGGACUUUCGGCUCAAGUUGAAAGUCAAUCAGACAACCGGAAACUGCCCAAAGUACAUCAAUGUCCGUAAGCUGGUUGGGCAUGCAAAGACCAAACCAACCAUUGCCUACGAGAAGCGACACAUGGCACAAGUUGAACGACUGCCACAAGAAGUCAUUGAUUUCAUCACCGAAGCUGAUACAGUCUUCAUCGGGUCUGUGUACAGGUCCGAUCCAGCAACGGCUGACAAGUUCCCUUCGCAUACCGGCAUGAACGCGCGUGGUGGAUUGCCUGGAUUCACUCGCGUGAGCCCGUCCGAUGGUCGCACCGUCGUGCUGCCUGACUACUCCGGAAACAGAUUCAUGUCGAGCCUCGGGAACGUCGAGAAAAGCAAACAAGUGGCACUCACCAUUGUGUCUUUCACUACCGGCGACGUGCUCUAUCUUACCGGGACUGCGGAGCACCUCGUCGGCCCAGAUGCACUUGCAGUCAUGGUGAAGCACGCAAGCGUCACUGUGAUGAAGACAACAGGCUUUAUCUUUGUUCGCGAUGCUCUUCCCGUCCGACAACAAUUCAGCUCCGAAGUCGAACGCAGUCCCUACAGUCCCAAGGUCAAAUACUUGGUAGAAGAGCCGGAGGGGCAGGCGAAUGCUAUUGGAUCGCACAAGGCAAAGUUGACCAGUGCAACACAACUUUCACACGAUCUCGCGGUGUUCAGAUUCAGCGUCGAUACCAAGCCGGGAGUAGAUCCAAUCAAGAUCCGGCCCGGACAAGCUGUGGCUCUCGACUUCAUGGACUGGAUAGGACCACCAGCAUACCAGCACAUGGCCAACUCUGCGCCAGGAUCGGUCAACGACGACCGAGUACGGACAUGGACAGUUUCCAGUUCUCACGAAGAUGAAGACGUGACGUGGUUCGAUAUGACGAUGCGCAGGAUGAAGGGAGGGGCUGUUACAGGAGCAUUGUUUGAUGUCUUGGAGAGGCACUCCUUGAACAAAUACGAACGGCCAAUCGCAAUCACUGAAGAUGUCGUUGCAGAGGUGGUUGGAGUCACGGGCGACUUCUUCCUUGGGCCGGACGAUGUCAACAUGCUCUGGGUGGCCGGCGGCAUUGGCAUCACGCCUUUCCUCUCCAUGUUCAGUGCAUUAUCCGAUCGCAGGGCCAAAGCCAACGGCGAUGUUGUACUUGCGCUGUCCACCCGAGAGCCAGAUCUGAUGCUCCGCUUAAUUCAGUCUUCUCUCCGCAAUGCAGCCUCAAGCGUUCGCAUUCGGAUCGAUCUAUUUACUCAUCAGGAGAUGAUCGACACGGAAGGGAUAGACCAGAGGAGCAUACAGAUUGUGUUGCACAAGGGACGUAUUGGGCAGGACUAUUGGCCUCAGGUGGCCAGUGGCAGAGAUGUCUUGAUAUGUGGCCCAGGGGCCUUUGGCGAUGUGGCCAUAGACGGCCUGAGAGCAGCAGGAGUGCCUGAACAGAACAUGUUACGGGAGGGAUUCUAUUGA